AUGACGCUCGUCUCCGCCAGCUCGUCGCCUGCCGUGGCCCGCAAGUCCGGCUCUGCGCCCGAGAAGAAGUACAAGUGCCAGUUCUGCAAUCGCGCCUUUAGCAGGAGCGAGCAUCGUAGCCGGCACGAGAGAUCGCACACGAAAGAACGACCCUUCAAAUGUCUCAAAUGCCGUAGCACCUUCGUGCGCCGCGAUUUGCUGCUGCGACACGAUCGAACCGUCCACGCCAAAGAUGGCGGCGUCCCUCUGCAUAGCGAAGUAAAGCGUCGAACCACCACAAAGGCACCCGAAGUCUCUCUGCCCGGCCCCUCUAAGACGUCGAUGCCCAUUGACACCGCCACGCUCGAGCAGAUAGAGGCCAAUAGCGAUGAGAUGGUCGAUAUCGAGACGGCUGCGAUGCUGAUGACCGACUUCCAUCACAAGGCCAUGGCCAGCCAGGAGCCCGAGAUCGCCAGCGAGGCGCCCAUCUCCCCGAACGGCCAACCGCUGAUGGAGCCAUCGGUAGCGUAUGCGCCGGGCGCUGUGUCGUUGCCCCAAAUGCCGUGGGACUCCAUGGUGCCGCACUCGACCUCCGAACCGAAGUCACACUCGAUCGCUUCGAGCUCUCAAGAAUCACAUCCAGCUUUCAACAGCGCCAGCGCCCUGAGCUCGCAUCCUCACCAGCUGCCUCCUAUCAUGGAGCGACAGAUGUCUGGAAGCGACACCCUUGCGCCGACCUUCCAGUCGAUGAACGGCUCAAUGCCGGUGUCUGGUCUUGCUACACCUGGCGCCCUUUCGCCGUACCCCUCCAUGCUUGGCCCCGUAUCGCCGGUCGAUUACCGUAGGUCACCUGGGCCGAGCCAGGCGCUGACAAUGACGAAGGCGCCACAGAUCGAGUCGGAGGAGCAGUGCGCGAGGAUUUUUGAAAACAUCAAGAAUUCUGACAGCGAGAACGCCCUCUUGGAAACCUUCCAUCUCCCAAGCCUAAACACACUGAACAGGCUCCUCAAGACCUACUUUGACCUGUUCCAUCACCACCUCCCGUUCCUGCACCCAGCAUCAUUCCAGCCAACGGAGGUCGCCGCCCCUCUUCUUCUAGCGGUCUUGUCGAUCGGAGCGUUAUACAUCUUCGAUCAGGAUCAAGCAUACAUGCUUCACAUUGGCUCAAAGGUUCUUGUCAACCAAUUUCUUCAGAACAAAGAAAACUUCAGCUCUCGAAAGUGUCCGCUCUGGACCAUGCAAGGUACGCUGCUGAACAUGAUCUUUGCUAGCUGGAGUGGUGACCCUAAGGGCCUCGAAUGGGCUUGCUCAAUUAAGAGCUUGCUUGCCAAUAUGGUUGCUGGGAACCGAUAUGAACUCAAAUUACGCACGGAAGCACGAGAGGGAGCACAGCCGAACCAUGAGCAGUGGAUCGAAGAUGAACAGUGUCGACGAACUUACUAUGCUGUCUACAUCUUCUUUGGCCUUUUGACACUGACAUAUAAUCACACACCGGCUAUGGGAUUUAAUGAGUUUGACACGCUCGAAUUGCCAUCUUCCGAAUCUCUCUGGACUGUGGAGGUCUCUGAUGACGAAUCAUGGCGUGAAAGCCUGGCUGCAUCCAAGAUCAUUACGUUCCGACAAGCGCACGACAAUCUUUUCCAAGGGGAGCCUGCGCGCUACAGUGCUUUUGCGACCCGCGUCAUGAUCAACGCACUGUUCCUCGAGGUUUGGUAUCACAAGCGUAGUCCUGAGGCGCUCCAAGAUGUAGUGACUGAGUAUAAGCUGAGGCUUGCACUUGAGACCUGGGAAAAGUCACUGGAUCUUUGCGAACCGGAAACCGUUGUGGUGCAAUUGAGCGCUCCCCACAAGGGCCAUCCGCUUAUCUUUAACGCUAUGGCCCUGUAUCGGAAUACUCGGACUCGUCUUGUGGUUGACCUUAAGUCUGUUCAGGAAGCCCUCCGCUAUCAUGACUCUUACGAGGUCGCCGCUGCAAUGACGAACGCCCGGGACAAGGUCCAGCGGUCCCAGGAGAUGAUCAAAGUCAUUCAAGAAUGCUUCGACUGUAUCGAGGUUGCAGCCGUGCAAGGCAUCCGUUGGGUAGCACGUACUUCUGCUACAAAUUGGAGUAUUGAACAUCCCCUGACUGGCAUGGAUCUCAUGGUCAUUCUUACGCUCUGGCUCUACCGUCUAGAACAUGAUGAAGAGCCUGCUUCGGAAGAAGAGCUUGCAAUGUACAACAAGUUGCGGAAUCUGUUCGACGAUGAUUCCGUGGAUGUCUAUGGUGCAAAGCUGAGUUCCACUGUAGCGAGGCUUUGGGGAAGCAUGAUUGACGAGGUUGUAGUUUGGGGUAUCACCAAGCUAAUGGGUGAAGCAUUCAAGCUCCACUCGCAGGCCCUCGUCGGCUAUGAAGAUGCAAUGUCGUCCCGCUCGGGUUCCGCAACACCUUCAAUGGCUACUGGGGGUGUCCAGGUUUUGGAGAUGCAGGUGGCCUACUAA